UGCUUGUCGUGCAAGAAUCGUACGAGAAAUGACCUGAUUUCCCGAACAUACCGCCGGUCGGUGUUAUGUAAGUCCGAUCUAUUCUAAUAGGUGGAGAUGGUGCUGAGCUUCACGUGUUCUAUGUGACCUGCAAACAGUUUUUGAGCUUAUUAGAUAUAUACGAAGUAGAAGUACAGAGUACUACCAUUUGAAUGAUCAUUUCAAGUACUCCCAUCUCGUAGAGCCGAUACGAUAUUGUUAGAAAAGCAAAGCAGCCAUACGUUAUCCUCUCUCCAUGUAUUGUAGCCCAGUUGGCUAUAGAUUUGUUUCAUUUAUGACAGCUGCUCUUUCGCUUCACUGGUAUGAGUACUCCUCCCCCUUCAUCUCUCUUUCUUUGAUCCUUUUCUGCCAUUGCAUCCUUAUAAAAUUGUGGCUUACAGUCCGCUGAUUUGACUGAAGCUUUUGGAAAACGGUCUUGUACCAUCAUCUUUAUUUUCAGCCCUUGCCUUACGUUCCUUUUGCCUCACCAAGCAAUGAAGAUACUCUAUCUUUGCGAUUUCUUUGGCAGCGCCAGUUUUCCAAUAUCUGACACUCACCCAACGAAUGCGUAAACGAAUGCAUAAAUAAUAGUCUAGAGCUAUGUAUCCUAGUAUCUGGGGUUUCAAAGAAUACACACCGUUUUUCAUGCAGGAUUGGUCUUGCAGCCGGCAGCCAGCAGAAUGAGACAGGCUACCAUCUCACGUAAUGGAGUUGCAGGAGUGCAGCGAUCCAGCGGACUACAAACCCCUUCUCAACUUCCUUCGCUGUCAACUUUCUGUCAAACCCUUGGUUCAGGCCACACCCAACGUUGACUUUUCGUUAGGAACGCCCCUAAUAAAAGCUAAUGACAAGCUAAUAAACGAGAAUUCUGGAAGUUUGACAACACUCAAUUGAACUUUCGGAACGCAUUGAAGAGUUCGUCUCAUCAUAGGGUACCUGAAUAUACCGGACCAGGAGCCACUGAAAAGACAGCAAGCACUCCAAAGACUUCCAGGAUUCCGACCAAUAGCAUUGAUGUGCUGGCAAUAGCCUAGGUAAAUCAAACCGAUCUUCGAGCUUCCCAGAAUUUAUACUGGUAUAGUAACAAGAGUCGAGGAUUUCCGCGAUGCUGAUCAGUUACUUUGCGAUUGAAAGAUAAUUUCGAAUUCAGAUAUAUCACUAUUUUGUAAGUAGUUCAUUUAUGGAAUCUAUACCAAGUUUUCAAAGGGUAGGCUUAAUAGUAGUUGAGAUGAUCACCAUACUUCCAACACAUUUUGGCUCGGAAGGCUUUUGGUGAUCCCGCCGGAAGAUCAAAUGCAACACUGUUGUCAUUUCAUGCGAUUUACUUCGUACUUUGUAUCUCGUACGUUGUGAUGAACCGGCUGAUGCUCGAUAGAUAUCCGGAACGGUAACUAUCCAAAUCUGGCCCAUGGUCUUCGCUUGUGGUCGUGGCCCGUACCACGGAUUCAUUUGCUAUCUCGCCUUCGAGAGUCGAGACAGAUUAAUGCCCACCUCUCGGAGUCUCUGCAUGUCACUGACGUGGUCCUUCAAAAUUGUUUUGGCCUUUUACUAACCCACACUGAUGAUUGAAACUUCCCUCCCACCAAGCCGUACCUUCGUAGGGUGCACACCGAGAUGCAGAGAGUCAUAACCUUGUUGUUUCUAUAUGUAGAAGUACAUGGCGAUCUUGGCUAUGAGGAGACACCAGAACUCACUUCGCUAUACUCCCCCGCUAAAACCAAACAAAAGGUUAUCUUCUUCUACCAGUGGCAGCACAUACAAAAAUAACCUUUUGACGUGGGGAGCACGAGGUCGAAGUCGAAGUGUUCAUUGUGCUCCACAACCGAGUAAUGUGACUUUCGAUUCUCAAGUACUCCGUACUUCUGCAAGUAGACUGCUCGUCGGGUCGUGAGGACUCGUGAGGUUACGAAACGGGGCAACGGUUUCGUGCGAAACAGGACCCAUGCUUUGGGACGCACGGUUGUACCUUAAAUGGACAUCCCCCCUUUUCUCGCCAAUCACACGCGCAGCACCGACUCUAGGUAUCGCCGCUCCCGUCAGAGAUCUUGUUCCAGUUCUUGCACCUCGGGCGACGGGGACCGGAUUGGGGCCAUCCCACCGCCCCAGAGUCCAGUCUGUCCAGAUUGUUUAAUCUUCAAUCCAAUGAAAGAUGCGCUUAGGCCGAUUUCGAGCUUGGCCGAAUCUGCUCAGCCGGCCCCUGGAAGAAAUCUGCAGCUGCCAUCUGCCUUAGCACCCGUACUUGUCUCCUCGAACCAUCCCCUCCUGAGUCUCAAGUCACCGAUCGCCUUGACUCUCGUGACUUGCUACUCACAGCCUCUUGCCAUCGCUCUACACUCCUUACUACACAGCUACUUGCACGGUGUUCUGUUGUCGUUGUCGUUGUCGUUGUCGUUGUCGCCCUUACCUUCACCCUCCUCUCUCACCUAUCCCCGCACUCGUCCUAUAGACUACAGACUACAGACCAUCGGGGAUUUUUGCUGACUAUCAUCGUCCACGAUGCUCUUUCGUUCCAUAUUUCUUUUCUAGUUUAUCCCAUAGAUUGGGCCGUCAUUAUAAUAUCGCGCGUGUGUGUGCUACCCGUCAGCAACCAUGUCGCUCUCUAGUAGCAUACAGUCAUUGACGGCCGCUUUUUCAUUGUCAGUGAACGGUGACCAAGUUUCGGUGCAGUGAGAGCUAACCUUCCGGAUAGUGGUAUUCUUCUUCAAGCAGCGACUGGCGCGUUAUUCAUAUUUUAUAAAGGACAUGGGGGCAAACUUUCUCAGGACGGCCGGAGGCUGGUCCUCAUUCUGUUCCUAUCAUCUGCCGCGUUAUGGGCACUAAUCAGCUUUUUCAACCUCAUGGUGACGACGGCACAAACGACCUGCCAGGCAUUGUUGAUCUUUUCGACUUCAUUCGAUCAACUGGCCCGAGUCAGCGUAGAACAAUUCUUAUUAUGGGCUUUGUGCCAGGGAACGAAAGCGUCCACUUCACAACUAAUAUUGCAAGGAAUCUUGGGCAUACGAUUUGUUGCGGGAAUUGCCCUUGUAGCGUUGACCCGACCGGAUUUUGCGCCAGUGUGUGUUGCCAGUACAUCCAUUCUGCCCAUAGCCAUCAUUGUCCUGGCACUCGAGGCUGUUAUAAUAGGGGUCUUGAUUAUCCGAGAAAGCUGGAGUACCAGAAAGGAGCAAGGACGAGCUCUCAUCUUUAGUAUACUGGCUUUUGCUCUCUGGACAGGAGUGAGUUUUUCGCGCCUGAUUUGUUGUAGUCUACUAAUUGAUUGGCAAUUAGAUGAGCGUUCCGAUGAUGUUGGGAAAAACAGACAUCGAAUUGAUUAUUAGGACUACAUUGCCUGCUGCCGGACUUCUGAUAGUUGUCGGUCAGUAAAUUUGUCAGCGUCCAACAAGAUUAAUGCUAACUUACCAAGGUAUCAUCACAAUUUUCUCAGUUGUUUUGUUGAUUAAGGCAGAAGAGAAGAAGACGACGCCAGAAGCACAAUCCCCAUUUAUAACCCCGUCACCUCCUGCAACCCGCGAGGUAUUCAAUGAGCGUGAGCGGGUGGGUGAUGGUUCUCCAAAUCCAGGCCAUAACUAUUCCAACAGUGGAAGCCUAUUUGUCGUGAAUCCAUCGUCAACUCCCCGCUCAACAAACCUGGACUCAGCAUCGGGAAGAUUUCAGAGAGACUCCCGUGGAUUUACGAAACCCAGUGGAGAGGUAACAGUACAAGCUGUCGAAAUGGAAACAAGUAACCCUCCACAAUCAAGAGGGCCUGGAUACCGGGGAUCUAGUGGAAUAUUUCCAGCAAGUUUUGGAGGAGCAGGAAAUGCGCCAGUAAUGGCACCACAAAUCCAGCCUGCGAGAACAGCCACCACACCAAAUCUCCCUACGAGGUCAUUUCCUCGUUCCCCCUUAAGCGAAGCGAAAAAACCACUUUUCCCUUGGUCAAAGACACAGGCGAAACCAACUGUCCGCGGGCGAGGAAUUUCUGGCCCAGUAGCAAACAACAAUGAAGACAAUUCCGCCCAGCCCUUUGCAAAAAUUUCGACCAUUGACCUCGCCACAGCAGCUGCAAAUGAGCGAGAGCGACGGCAAGAGAUGCUGGCUCGUUCUCGGCUCGUCAAUAGCCGAGAGUCCUCUUUGCAACCUUCACAACCUGGAAAAGAUGACUUUACCGAAAGCGUUGUGGCGUUAUCAACGAUUCCUGGGUCACGUUCUCCAAGUCUUUCAAACACAACAUCUGCUUCUCUCUCACCCGGACACGAGGAGAUUCGGCGUCGAUCACCACGAAGUUCCAGGAGCUUCGAAAGGACAGUCGAUGAGAAACCUCCAGUUCCACUCCAAAGAAAACCUACCAUAGGUUUACCGACGAACCCUCGAGCUGUUGGAAACCGCAUUUCACCACCACUACCAAGGAAAGAUCAGACGGUUAUGUUGAUAAAUGAAAUCGUCUAUGACAAUCCUACCAUAUUCAAGGAUAUCAUGGAUUCUUCAGCUCAACGACCGAAGACAGCCGGUAAAAUGCCAGACGAUUCAUAUAGCUCGACCCAUCGCAAAACGGACUCAAUCAUACACCGACCACGUCCCAUUAAGCGAGAAGACUCCGAAAAAGAUAGGCAUAUAUUUCCUAGUGAACACAGACGCAGCAAGUCUGUAUCCUCAAUUGCAUUAAGGAAGUCUCUCUUUGGGACACACCCGGGAAACCCAAUGGAUCUUCCACCGCUUCCACCACCACCAACUAGCGCAAUGAAUUUAAGACGCCUGCUACCAAAUGAAACAAAAAGUAUGACUUUCGACGAGAAAAUUGAGCUAUUGUUUCCUGCACCACCAGGAGUUCCCUCAAUACAGAAACGUCGUUCAUCAGUGCCUUCCCUGCCACGACCCUCGCCUGCUUUGGUAGCGGACAUCCCACAACAACCUGAUUUCAAUACCGGCAAUCGUGACUCUAAACGCACAACAAUGUCAUCGUUUGGAUUUACUCGACCCAACUCUCCACAGGCAAAGACUCAGGGGCAAACAGAUCGAACUAGCGGGUCAAUCUAUCGAACUAUUGCUGAUAAUGUGGGGGAGACUUGGCUCCCAGGAGUUCCUGCUGAGAAUAUUGAUGCUCGUAACUCCGUCACAGCAGAGCCAAAGGAAUUAUCUGUCUAUGAAGACAGAAAGUCUGUAUGGACUGAAGCCAGUGAUGGAAGCUCUCCAGAUGACACGACUAGCAGCUAUUGGGGAUCGGUGCAUUCCGAGAUUCCACCUGUGGAUCUUGCAAAGGCACGACAGACUGCCCGACCGACAAUUAUCAAGCGCUCCAACUCUGCUUCUACGGCUAAAUUGCUCCAAGAUGUUCCUUCGAUUGAGUACAAUGACCAAGAAAGCGUCAUUACCGUGAUGUUUGAUGCCGAUGACAUUAUGGAACCCAUCCUAUCUGAGCCAACAGAAUCUACGGAAUUACUCUCUGAUAUACCUAAUUGGCACCGCCGAAUUGGCGACGAGUUGCCCACAUUUUCAGAAAGAAAUGCGAAUAUUAGAGUCCGAAAAAUGCCCCCUCCACCUCCUCUCCUAUUGGAUAGCAAUGGUAGGGGAGCCACUGUUCUUGUUCGUACCGCUGAGCCUUCCCCAAUCGAUUCUCCAGAGCAUGCGAUAAAGGAAAUCCAAGCCCAGCUCAAAAAGUUUGAAGGACCAAACCGCGACUCUGUCGAGUCCGUUGGUGGCCGUUUCAUAUUACUCGAAAACCUUGAAAGAGAAAUGGGACAACAAGAAGACCAGUGGAGACACCUGCAGAAUAAUGACCGUGAUUCGAUGUCGUUGAUAAUGACACCGCAGGCAUCAGUGCAUUCAGAACAGACCCUUUCAAGACAAUCUUCCCAGAAGUCGAUUCGGUCCUCUCGUCUGGUCCCCCGACAGCAGCGGAUCAAAAGCGGUGCUACUAUGUCAACAAACUCUUCUGGCAACUCCAGAACAAGCCUUUGGCAGCGAAGACUCGCAGAAGCUCAAGACGAGUACCUUGAGCAUGCGCUCGCUUUACCCAACAAUAGAAAGACUUUGAACUUCCUUUCGAUUUCGAAAACAAGCGAGCAACUUGGAAGCCCGACACCCCCGGACAGCAUAGGCUCGUCAAUUGACCUAGGGUCUGAAUCGGAGUCGGAUUCUGUAGAUGAGGAAAUAUUCGAGCACAGGGAACAGAUCAAAAACCAUAUCUGGCAGUCCGCUGAGCCAUCACUGAGACCUGCAGCUAGCGGGUUGUGGAACGGACCCUCCGAAGUCACGGUAGUCCGCGCCGUUUCCCCCACCCCUCCGGCUAUCGACCUUCGCCCAGCACAGCGGAAGGGAGGUGAUUUGUUGACCAUUGAGAGCUGUAAAAUGUGGACGAAGCCUCGCUCGUCGCUUCGAAGCCGCGCUGUGACUGCUCUUUGGGGUUCAAAGCCUGUCAGGCCAAACAGUAUUGUCACACGUCCAGUCACGCAGAGACCGCAACGGAAGUCGAAGCGAAUUACUAUCCUCCCAGAUAUUGGUACGUAAUCGAAUUUGUCAUUUCAUAUGUAUAUACUCUCAGGCUAAUUUGACCGCAGUUGAGAGUCCUGUCCCAUUGCCCAACAAGCGUGACACACUCGGCAUUUUUUCAUUCCCGUGGGGCGAGAAGUCCGAUACUGCCCAAUACCAACCAACCCUGAACGCAAGUGUUUACGGCGCGGGUCCAGUGUUGAACCCAAGCCUUCAGGCAAGGUCCGAAGAACUGGAGCCCAAUUUGGAUGACUAUUCAACCUCAUUCUUUGACGACUGCGACUUUGAUAGUGAAGAAGAUUCAGACCUGGACUAUGCAGAUAGCGAUGAUGAAUUCGACGAGACAACACUGUGGGAGAUUGCUAGCUUACUAAACUCGUCAGACGUUCCAUCCAAAAACAGCCUGCUCCCAGCUUCAGUAUACAAAGACCCAGAGAAGAUGAUCAAGACCGAUAAUGAAAAGAGUGACUUGGACGAGGGGAGGGAGCAUGGUGCAGUGACGAUUGUCCGACCACUUUCAACUCCGUCCAGACCUUCCCUGCUAUGGACUGGUGAGCGUAAUGAUGCCAUGGCAGCACUUAUCGGCUUGCCACAGCCUCGGGAAAGCGAUUGGCUCUCUCUCAUUGUUUCGACAGGAGAGAUCGUUAGAUCUAAGCCUCGAGUUUUGGAUACCCUCCCAAUCAUCGAGUCGACAGAAUUGUGGUCUGCCUCUGUCUCAAGCAAAACCGCUCCAAGCUCGUGGUCAAUGUGGCAAGCUGUAACUACCAAGGCCUCUCCUUCGAGAGCGACUAUGUGGAGUCCCGUCAGCGAAGUAAGCGAAGUUGCUCUUGUCGGCCUCUUUAGUGUCAAGACCCCAACUGCCAUUCGUACAACCGCAAUGUUGCCAGCUGCGCUUACCAUGAGUCGUAAACCUCGACCAACAAUCAUGUCAUUGAGCCCUCUGGCUUCCAGUAAGCUAUGGAGUGACUCUCUCGUGACCGAAUCUGAACAUGAUUGGAUCUCUGAGUCGUCCGUUAGACCAGAGAGCCCAUCCGGCUACUCAACCGCAACCUCCGGACAGACUUCUCCAGCAUCAGACUCGUCUUCAAUCAAGUCCAAUAGCACCAUGGCUUCGUCUGUCUGGGGCCCUGCCGGUUCGGCUGUGGAAAUGGGUGCCAGAUCCGCUAAAGGACCACCUUCCCAAACACCUGUAGUCGACUCGAAGCCGGCCUCCAAGUUACCUGUGCGGCAACUUCCAAAAGUGCCCGAGGCAAUUGUUGAAGAGUCCGUCAAAGAAACGAAGAUUCCAGCCCCAAUCAAAGCAAAGGCGCCUUUCAGGGAGUCGAAAGUCCUUUCUGCUCGAGACAUAUUCGAAUCCAAGGCAGCGAAGUACGACAAAGCACCCGUCAAGACUGGCCGUUUGUUUAAGAUAGCCAGACAAUCCGUUGUACCUGUCAUGAAGGCACCCCGCAAGCCUGUUUCUUCUCGCUCCGCAGCAUCUGCGGCCGAAUGGGACAAGGAACUGGAGAUUGCAAUGCUCAAAUCCACCCCUCGUUCAGUACGCCAAACUGCAUCUCCAGCUGUGUGGAGCUCCGAACUGAACAAGACAACUGUGAAAUCUGAAGCUCGCCUCCAACGCCAGGUUGUGUCCCUCGCUAUGUGGAAGUCUGAGCUUAAUGUAGCAAUCAUUAAGUCGAUGCCUCGCCUACAACGAUUCACAGCUUCCCCUGAGAUGUGGGCUUCAGCUUUAGAGGAAGCUUGUGGAGGCAAAACAGGACUCAUGUGGACCCCAUCUACCCAGGAGAAGGCUUCUGUACAAACGGGAUCACUUUGGUCAAAAGAAGUACCCAGCAAGGCAACAGCUGAAGGGCCCCUUCUACAAGCUCAGGAUACCCCAGCUAGAAAGGCCCCUGGUCAAAAGUCCCUCGCUUUACCAGUUUUAGAAUCCGCUACCUUCUGGCGGGCACCUCAGACCGUUCCCGUCAAGCGUAACUGGCUGACGACUAAGACCCAAACUACCAGCACCAAAUUCGACUCGCUUACCUGGUCUCCCGCUCCAAAGCUUAUUUCAGCCAAAGUUGAGGGCCCCAUGUGGUCCGAAAAUGCCGUCUUUGAUCGCAAUGCGGUAACUCUAUUUACACCUGUCUAUGUUGCAAGAAGAGCACCGACUACAGAAUUAGUAACCUUAAAAUCAAACAAACUCUGGAAGGCAACACAAGCUAUCUCUGCGCAACAUAAUUGGUUGACAAGUAGCACCAAAAUCACCAAAAUCACCUCCCUUACUUGGUCCUCAGCUCAGAAAGUUGAAGCUAUGAAAGUUGAGAGUGGAAUGUGGUCUAGAGAGACUACUUCUGAUCGUAACGUGCCCGCUCUGUUUUUCCCUAUCUCUGGAUCCACUAGAAGCACAACCGCUUUUAAGACCACAGAACUAGCAACCUUAGGAUCGGCCGAACUCUGGAAGAUUCAGCAGACUCACAGCUCGGAGCGUGAUUGGCUAGCUACUAGCUCCAAGACUACGAUUACUCGAGCUAUCAAUACUGGAGUCAACUCUCUAACAUGGACCCCGAUCAUGACCACUUCGCCAGUCAAGGUUGAUUGCUCCCUUAUGUGGUCCCCAAAUGCGUCCUUUGACCGAUGUGCCCCAACCCUUCUCGCUCUGUCUAUUGAAGGUAUCUCCAAGAAAGGAACAAGCACUGUCUCAUUAGAGCUGCCAAAGUUGGAAUCGACCCAAUUGUGGCAAGCUCCCGUGCCUGCCACUCUGCGGCCAAACUGGUUCACUGCUAGUAGCUUCGAUAAGUCCAAGUACAGCAGCAACACAAAGUCACUAACAUGGACCUCUCCAACCGCACGACUUGCGAAGACUGCAACUGAAACCGCCAUGUGGUCGACGGGAAACACGUUCGACCGAAACGCAAUCCCAAGUCUUGAGAUUACCAAAAAAAGCACGAGCAGAAAGAGUGCAAGUGUUACAUCUGCAACCAAGCUCGCAACCCUGGAGUCAGCAGAUCUUUGGAAAUCAAUCCAAGCUUCAACUAAGCCAAUCAACUUGCUAGUCCUCAGCAGACAAGAGGCUGCCAUUACUAGAAGUUCCCAGGUUCAAACAUGGACCAAGGUCGUUAAGACGUCAACCAAGAACGAUAGCAUGCAAAUGUGGACCAAACCAAUUGUCAUUCAAUCCAUCGACCAACCAGAGCUGUUUAGCCAUCUGACAAGCCAGGCGGUUAAGAAAGUUGCAAGCUCAUCUCAAGCAGCCUUACCAAGCUUAACUUCUGAUAGAUUGUUUGAGUCCAAGAUUGAGAUUGCGUCUCAGAAUGUCGAUUGGCUCCACGCUACCAGCAGAAAACAGGAACAGCAGGUUUCCGUCUCGCAGGGCCAAUCCAAGCCAGUCACCUGGGCCCCAGCCAUGGUCUCAUCAGUAAAAAGCGGUGGCCCCAUGUGGCAAACCACUAGCGUGAUCCGCACAGUCGAGUCAGAUCUCUUCUCGAACCCACACACUGCUCCAUGGGACCGCAAGGAGAGGGAGUCGGUCGCUCUCCCGUGCAUUGAGAGCACCCAAUUGUGGCGCAGUCCGGCAGCGAUUCCAACAGGCCCAACAAACUGGUUGCUUAAGACGCAGUCCAAAUAGAUGGAAUCUAGAUACUGAUGACGGAUGGAUGUUGUUUAAUAGAGCCCUUUGACAACGAAUGCUGGAAGGGUCUGUCGUACUGUUUUUUUUUCUGGCAACUAGAUGAGAGUUGGGCCGCACCAACAUGGGGGAGUUCUUUUCUGUUGCAGGUACACAAUGUGAUACCCAUUUCAUUUUUGUAAGAAGCGUUGGGCCAUACAAGCCACCUAUGUAACUAUUGUAACAUAACUACCAAGUAUUAUGCAUUUUAUUUGAUUCUGC